AUGUCGAAAGAAGCCACCGCCACAUCGGAGCCUGUCGGCAUCCCCGUCACCGUUGACGCCGCCAUCGCCAACAAGAGAGGCGCGUUCAAGUGGAUGUCGAACCCGGGCAUCAUCAAAUUGAACUGCGUCAUUACCCUGUCCCUGGUGUCGAGUUACGCGACCGGCUACGAUGGCUCCAUGAUGAACGGUCUGCAGUCCUUGGACACUUGGAAGGCAUCGUUCAACAACCCCGACGCAUCGGAACUGGGACUUCUGAAUGCCAUCCAGAAUGUCGGCCAGCUCGUCGCCCUGCCCUUCUGCGCCUGGUUCUGCGACCACUUCGGCCGCAAGCCCGCCCUGCUGGUCAGCGCCGCCAUCCUCAUCAUCGGCGUCGCCCUCCAGGGCGCGGCCCAGAACGUCGGCAUGUUCAUCGCCGCCCGCGGCAUCCUCGGCUUCGGCCUCGCCCUCAACAUCACCGCCGCGCCGCUCAUGAUCAUGGAGCUCGCCUACCCCUCGCAGCGCGCGCCCCUCGUCAGCAUCUACAACUCGCUCUGGGGCCUCGGCGCCCUCAGCGCCGCCUGGAUCACCUACGGCACCUUCCGCAUCGGCGACACCUGGGCCUGGCGCAUCCCCUCCAUCCUGCAGGGCCUCUCCAGCGUCGUCCAGCUCGGCCUCUGCUUCUUCAUCGAGGAGUCGCCGCGCUGGCUGAUCGCCAAGGAGAGGGACGCCGAGGCCGAGGCCCUGAUCGUCAAGUACCACGCCAACGGCGACGCCUCCGACCUCAUCGUGCCGCUGGAGAUGGAGGAGAUCAGGGCCGCCCUGCGCCUCGAGGCCGAGGCCUCGCGCACGACGUCCUACCUCUCCUUCUUCCAGACGCCGGGAAACCGACGCAGGUUCCUCAUCAUCCUCUGCGUCGGCUUCUUCUCUCAAUGGUCCGGCAACGGUCUGAUUUCCUACUACCUCACCCUCAUCCUCGACUCGAUCGGAUACACUUCGGAAGACACCCAGACGCUCAUCAACGCCCUGCUCACGCUCUGGGGUCUCGUCUGGGGCAUCCUCGCCUCGGUCCUCGUCAACCGCUUCCGCCGCCGCACCAUGUUCAUGGUCUCCACCGUCGGCUCCCUCGUGUGCUACGUCAUCUGGACCGGCCUCCAGGCGACCUACGAGAGGCAGACGGACCUCACCGGCGAGGGGUCCCCGGCCCUGGCGAAGGGCGUGCUGGCCAUGAUCUUCUUGUACAACGUCACCUUCACCGUGGGCUGGGGCGCCCUGCAGGUCACCUACGUCGUCGAGAUCCUGCCUUACAACCUCCGCGCCAAGGGCCUGGUGCUGUACAACCUGUUCGUCGCCCUGGCGCUGAUCUUCAACCAGUACGCCAACCCCAUCGGCGUGACCAACUCCAAGUGGAAGUACUACAUUACGUACGACGUCUGGUUGGCCUUUGAGGCUUUGGUCGUCUACUUCGUCUUCGUGGAGACGGGCAAGAUGAGUCUCGAGGAGACUGCCGUCAUCCUCGACGGCGUCGAGGAUAAGCUGGUCGAAGAGGUUGCGCAGAGGACGGAAAAGCUCGCCAUGGGCGGCAAAGAGGCCAUGUGA